AUGUUGAAUGAUUCUUCUACUAUACCACAACGAAAACCAUCAACUUCAAAGGAAAGAACAAUAAAACCGCCAAAGAAAAAACGAGGCUUGUUGGCUAACGUUUUUCUCGACUUUGCUCAAUGGAGUACGGUAUGCGGCCUUGUUCAUAUGGCCGAAGCAGCCACUCGUCGUUCGUUCAUUUUCUGGCUUGUCAUUUUCAUCAUUCUUUUCAUCAUGUUUCUUUAUCAACUCGGCAUAAUUAUCGCGAAAUAUGUGGAAAUGCCCGCACAAGUCGACACCGAUAUCUACUACAGUCAAUUGCCUUUUCCAGUCGUGACCGUGUGCAACGCAAAUCCCUACAAAUAUACAGUAAUCAAGGGAAACCCAAAAUACAAAGACAUCGCCGAUUUUUAUGAUUAUUACCUCCAAGUGAUCAACAAUAAGACACAAGGGCUCGAAAAUAAAUAUGGACUGAUUCCCCCACAUGAGUACGAUCAAGCCGAGCUGGCCAAAGAUGCCCUGGCCACGUUCAGCAGAUCCCUGGGCACGAGCGCUCUCUCAGAUGCAAUGUAUUCGUUUGAAGAGCUGAUCACCGAAUGCACUUAUUCGAGCAAGCCUUGUUAUGAAUCGGAUUUCGAGCAAUUCUUCGAUCCACUCUAUGGCCGCUGUUUCUCGUUCAAUACCGCGUCUGCUUCUCAAAAUUAUUCAGCAAUUCGAUCGGGAAUGAAAUUUGGCUUGAAGUUGCUGCUGACAAUCAAUCAAGAAACCCCGGGCGGAGUCACCGUUUUGUCCGACUUUUUACCAAGCUCAGAAGCGGCUGGAGCUCGAAUUUUGCUGACCGAACGAAAUCAAAUCGUCGACUUGGACAACUAUGGGAGCUAUAUCGGCGUCGGUUUUCAGACAUCCAUUGGACUGCUUUAUGAAUCAAUCACCCGUGCCAAGCGUCCUUAUGGUCGUUGUGUUGAUCACCAUGCUUAUUCCGAGCAAUACUAUAAAGAUGUGAAGCACAGCAUGGACACCUGUAUUUCCGGGUGCAUUCAGGAGAAAACGGUGAAAGCAUGCGGCUGUGCGACUCCACGAUUGCCGAAACUCGACUCGCAAAGCUGGUGCACGAUCGAUAAAUUGUCUUGCUUGGCUUCAUUGAAAGGAAGCCAAGAAACGAAAACGUUGCCAAACAUGGAUCCGUUGAAGGAGUGUGGCUGUGAUCCCGGAUGCGAAGAGAUUCACUACGAUGCAACAGCAUCACUCAGCAGAUAUCCAAUGCUUGUGUACUAUCCGGCUACCCCAGAAACCCCUAGCAAAGCUCCACCCACAACCACUCCAGCAACGACAACCACGAAAUCGAAUAACGGUCAUGGGAAUGGACACGGCAAUGGGAAUGGGAAUGGGAAUGGGAAUCAAUGGUCUGAAUGGUGGUCAAAUUUGCAAUCGACGACUGGAACAACUGAUGGAGUUUCGAGCAGUACAACGAGGACGAGUACUACAACUGAUCCAGUGAAUGGCGGGAAUGGAAACGGUGGAGAUGACGGAAUACCCGAUACAACGCCUGCUGGUUUCAUCGUCACGACUUUUGGAUGCGAUGGACACACUGAUCCAUUCGACGCCAGCACACAGACGAAUUUCACGGCUAUUGGAAUCAUGCAAGAGGCUUGCCGACUCUGGUAUCAAGAGAACGCGCUGAUUCUGCAGAUCUACUUCUCCGAUUUGAAGUACAACGUCUACACGGAGCAUUCGGCGUAUUCGAUCUCUGCAGCGAUCAACGAUCUCGGUGGACAGGCCGGGCUUUGGCUUGGAUUAUCAGUGAUCUCAUGCGUUGAAGUGAUCUCCCUUUUCGUCAUCAUGGGAAUGUUCUGCUCGUAUGAGACGCGAAAGAAAUUCUGCCCAAAGAAACGUCGAGAUUCACUCUCCGACGAGGAAUUCGAUGUACCGAUGGAUAAACCGGCGCCAAUUCAUUCAAGUAACACUCUUAAACCCCCGAUGGAGUUAAGGCCAGAAAGAUUG